AUGCAGAUAAAGACUAUGCUUGCAGUGAGACCGACCGAAGAGAAAUCUUCACAGUAUGCUGCCGGUGUUUCAACCGGGGAAAUGUCGACUGAUACAGGCAGAGUUGUCGGUUGGGCGGUGUGUGUCCAUUUACAAGAUAAAACGAGCUAUGAACGUAGCUUAUCCGUGGAUGCAAAAUGGGACGCUGGGCUAAAGAGAGAAGAGCAGUGCUCAAUGCGACUUGGUAUGAAUCAUUGUACGCUUUCUGUCGCGUCGUUUGAUGUAAAACGAAAGGAUCUUCCGCCGUCCCGGACGGUUCCGUUUAUAGAAAUUACGGAUAUCCGAUCCGAUCCGGACCGAAAAGCGGAGCCUCGGGACUUGGGUACAAAGACAUCCGGGCCAGUCGGGCUCGGAGACUGGGCAUGA